AUGUAUUUAUCACUGAACAAAUGGAUCCAUUACCAAGUAAAAAUUUAUAUGCAGUUUUUGGUGAAUAUUUAACAGUGUCAUUGAAUGUUGAACACCGUGAAAAUUCAAGUUGCACGAUUAAAAAAAUAUGCCACGUUGAAUGUAACCAACAAUCAAAUCUCGUGAAAUUUCAAAGAGUUGGAGCAUGUGGUUUUCGUGUACGUGCUGAUGAAUCAUCCAGCUGGUUGAUCAGUCAACAAACGAGGCAUUAUUUGAGACAUGGAUCAUUCGAUAUUUCCAUUAGAAAAACUACAAUACCAGUCAAACUAAGUUUUUAUGAUAACACAAGUGCUGUAAUACCUCUUGAUUCAUUUGAUAAAUCAUUUUGUAAAAUUAAAAGACCAAAUACUAAAAAAAAAUACUAUGGGUUAGAAUAUUUUAUAGAAAAUAUUGAUAAAUCGAAUGAAGGUAAAUGGGAAGUUGAAUAUUACAACAAUUUAAAUGGUGAUGAAGAUGCUGAAGAGUUGAUUCAUACAAAAAUUUAUCAAGUCACUGUUGAAGAUAAACCAGAAGUUUUUGUUGAUAUUUUUAUAAAUAACAACAGGACAAUGGCUAAAAUUGGAUGCAAAAUUCAAUUUGAAAGCUUAAAACAAUGCACAUUUGAAGGACCACAUGGUACAGUAGUCAAUGAACAAGUUACAGCUGAAAAUUCAAGAUAUAAUAUUGAAGUGUUAAAUAAAAUAGAAACCUCAGAUGAUUUAUCGAAAUGUGAAUUAACUAUUUACAAUUUAACAACUCGAGAUUCUGGAUCAUGGAAGUGUUCAUUACGUGAUGAUAUUCACACUGUUAAUCAAACAUUAUUUAUGAAUGAUCAAUCAAUGACAUCAAUAAAUUACAUGUUUAAAACAAUUUAUCAAGAAUUUAAUAUCAACUGUACAGAAAAUAAUGAAUGGCAAUCGUGUUCAUUACAACAUCCAGAUGGUAAAAUUGAUAUUUAUAAUAAAAAAAAUAAAUCAAUAUUAAAUACAUGUGGUAUAAAAAUAAAUGAAGCUAAAUUAAAACAUACUGGUAAUUGGACAUGUAAAAUAUUAAAUUCUGAUGGUGUUACUGAAACUAAAAAAAUAUUUUCAGUAAAAAUAACAAAAGACAAAGUGGUACCAAUUAUAAAACAUGAAAUAGUUGAUAAAAAAAAAGAAACAAUUCUUGAAGCAAUGCCAUUUUCUGAUGAUGGUGAUGAACGAAUUGAAAAAUGCAUAUGGGAACAUCCAAAUGGAGAUGAUUUAAGAGAUCAUGAUAAAUAUAUAAUUCAUUCAAAUAAUGAAACUUGCAGUUUGCGAAUUAAAGAUACCAAAGAAAAUGACAAGGGAACAUGGAUAUGUCGUAUUGAAUUAUCAACUUUAAAAAAUACUACACUCAUUCGAACAGCAUAUUUUGAUCUUCAUGAAGUUGAAUCAACUUGGAGAUUUAUUGUGACAAUUGGACAAUGGACAGUAACAAUAUUUUAUCUUGUUUUACUUGUUGGAUCAUUACUUUGGUAUAUUCUUCAUGUCAAUACAGUUUCAACAAACAAAAAUGAUGAAUGCAAAAGUACAAAAAGACUGUUAGAAAAACCUAGCAUAGAAGUACGUGCAAUUAAUUCAAAUAUAAAUUCAGUGUAAUUUAUUGAUUGUUUUGUUUUCUUUUGAUUACAAAAUUUGUUAUUUAAUAGGCAUUAAAGUUGAGACUUUGACGCAUUGUCAUACAUUCAACUUCAUCAAUUUUUAAUGUAUUUACUUUGACAUUAAUAUCUUCUUCAAGUUGAAUUUGCAUUUUUAAUAUACAACGUAAACUUGCUUGUGCCUAGAAAAAAAUAAAUAAUAGUUUAAAAUUAAUUUAUAAUUAUUUUUCAUUAACUUACAUCACAUAAUGUUUGUUGUAAUUUUUCAACAUUAUCACGUAUAUUUGCAACUUCAUUAACCAAUUGUUCUUCAACAUUGUCACGUGUCAUUUCAAGAUUACGACGUUUACAACGAUUACCUAAACGUGUAUGUGCCAAUGCAAUAAAACCUUCCUUCUCAGCAAUCAUAACUUCUAAACGAUUUAUAUUUUUACUCAUUUCAUUGACUUUUUUAAUAAUCUUUAAUAAAUAUUUAUCUAAUUAAUUUAUCAUUCAAAAAUGCGAGAAGAAAAAUAAUAAAUAAUAUUUCUAAUUACAUCAGCAUGUUGUGUUUCAAAAGUUGAUUUAAUUUCUUUUGUUUCACAAAUACGUUUAUCAAAUGCCUCAUUUGUUUUAUCAACUUGUGAAUUUAAAUCAUCAACAAUUUGUUUUAAUAUUGUAUCAAUAUAAUUACGUAAUAUUUUACCAGAAUUAAUUUGUUUCAUAGCUUCAAGUAUAUUUUCAUGACUUUGAAGUUCCCAUUCUUGAAUUGUUAUUGUUCUAUAAAUAAAAAUGAUCAAUUAU